UCUGCAAAAGUGACUUUCAGUAUGGAUAAAACUGCAGAGAAACCAGUGCUAAACCAACCAUGGAAGAAAAAUCUUUUUGAAAGAGUGGAGGCAAAAGCCCAGGCAAUGCAGAAGAAAAUAAUAGAUAAAGAUAAUCUGAAGAAAGAACUAGAAAAAAAGACUGAGAAGAAACUCCCUAGGGAUAAGUUGGCCGAAGAGUGGUUUGAUACUGAAAAUGCAACACUGAGUACUAAGGCAUAUUUGCUUGAUAAACUUCUACCCACGUUAAUUCCUGGAACGGAAAAAAUGUUAAUGCAAGUAGAAGAGAAGAAGCUUUUAGAAGAAGUUAAUGCUCCAACCAAGUUUGAUCCAGUUAUUUUUCUAGGGGAAUACUUAAUGAGAAACAAUCCUAAUUAUGUCAAAUAUGAAAUGUCUGGUUAUCAGAGGGUAAUGAAAGAUGUCACAGAAGAUUUGAAGGUGCAUGUUCCUGACACAAUCUGCAACAGAGUAUCCAAGAUAAAAAAGAGUGUUAAGGAGAAACGAGAACAAAGAGAUAAAAUAAGCAAAGUCAAAAUCAAGGUGGCCAAUACACGGAGGCAGGCUCUGGAGGAGCAGUUUGAUGAAUGGAUUGUAGACCCCGGAGGAAUGAUUCCUUUGGCAGUGAUUCAGAAUGCUCUUCAAGACUUUUUUCAAAAUCCAGAUUUCCAGCUUGAAUCACAUUGCAAAGAACUGAAGAUUACUGACUCAAUGGAACCAAAAUUGAACAAAAAGGAAUUUACUCAAUACAUCUCUUCACACAUUGUGGACUUUAAAAGUGAAAUGUUUGAGCAACUCCUUAGGCACCUUUGCCACUGUGCAGAUGAGUUUCGGGAAGUCAUAAAAACUGACAUGCAGAGGCAGAUGUUUGCUGAACUCUUUCUGCAUUGUGACCAUGGGAAGGUAGGGUUUUUGGAUCGGCAGAGGACAUUGACCUUGCUGGAAGUAUUUUAUGACCAAAGUCCAAAAAUCCUUAGGACAUUACUCCGAAACCCAAGACAAUGGCCACUCAUUGAAUUUGAAGAGAUAGACUUGUCUGAGUUUUGGGGUGACAUGGAUAAUCAGAAACACAUUUAUGAAGACUUUGACCAAAUGCUCUUACAGAUGAAUGCAUUAGUUUCUGAAAAACAUGCUAGCAAACUGUUAGAAAAUCAAGAUCAACAAAAACAUGAUAAACAGAGAAAAUCAACAGCACCAAAUUCAUCAGAACAGCAGAGAAGGACAACUGCAGAACAAGGGUCACAUAGACUAUCAACAGGAGAACAAGAACAAGGUAGAGGGUCAGCUACAGAACAACAAUCGAAUAGAAACUCAAUAACAGAACAAGGAUCCCAUACAGGAUCAACUCUAGAACGAGGAUCAAGUAAAGAGUCAAUAAUAGAACCAAGACAACAUAGAGAGUUAAUAACAGAACAAGGACCACAAAGCGUACCAAUUUCAGAACAUGGAACCCACGCACAAUCAACUGCAGAACAAGGAACCCACAAAGAAUCAAUUGCAGAACAAGGACUUCACAGAGAAUCAAUAACUGCACAAGAGCAGCACAAACAAAGACCAUACUGGGAGUCAACUGUAGAACAAAGACCACCCAGAGGGCAUUUUGUUUUGUACUUUCUAGAAACUGCAAAAAAAGCUCAGAAACUAAAGUCCUGUGAACCCAAGUCCCCCAAAAUAGAAGGAAAGUCAUGGUCAGGUGAAUUUCUCACUUGUAACUGGAAGAUGAAGCAUGCCAAAUUUGAAGAUGAGGAACAGGCAAAAUUAAUCUACGGUGACUCCAGAUUCACAGACCUACACCCAGUUAUCAGAAAUAUUCUGGCUUACAAGGAAGGAAAAGGCAGGACUGCCUUCAAUGGAGUUUCUCUCAAUCUGCUCCAGUUUGUGCAACUCCUGGAGACAUUUGUUGGUGAAGAUACCUCCUUGCAUGUCAGUGAGAACCUCACUUCCUUUUUUAAGAAGUACUAUGUUGAAACAAAAGAAGAGAAAAUGAGUGCCUUAGAAAAGGUUAGACAGAAGUCUUCACGAGUUCGACGGGGGCUUCUCCUUGAAGCCCUCUUUCAGAAGUGGGAUAGUGAUGGCUCAGGCUUCUUGGAUCUGAAGGAAGUUGAUGAGGUCUUAUACACAUACAAGGAGGGAAUGGAAAAAGAAUCUAUGAAAAAAGCUAAACUACACAUCCAGUUUCCAAAGCCACACCCUGGUAACGAAGUGAAAUUAUCUUCAAAACAGUUUCAGAAAUAUAUAGAAUUGGUUGUAUCUGAACUCAGGGGCAAUGAAGACCAGGUUCUGGAAAGUGUUGUGGAGUUCCUGAUGAGUGCUUUACAGACGAGCCAUAUUGAGAGUCUGAGGAAUUCCGCCAGGCAGAAGUGGCUGCACCGAAUCCAACGUGCUGCAGAGACUAGUGGAGUAUCAGUGGAGCCAGUGUACACUGAGACCUUUAAGGCCCUCACCCAGGAUGCUGAAGCCCAUGGAAAUAAAAGGAUCAGUGCCCAUAUUUCUCUCUUAGAAGAAAAUGUACUACUGCCUGAUAGAGGGAAUGUUCUGUUGAGGAAUGUGGCUUGUACCUUAGACGAUGCUCCAUUUGUAUUGAACAGAGUUCUAUACAGGGACAUGAAAGGAAUUAGCUUUACAGUAGUGGAUGAAGGGAAGCCAAUCCAUGUCCCCCAAGUUCAGCACCACGGGAACAUCUUCUUCUGGAACCGUUCCCGCCGUAGGAAUGAUCGUAAUGGGUCAUUCUUGGCUCUGCCACUUCAGGAUGCAUAUAUGAGGAUCUUUGGGGUUAUUGCUGUCGACACCCUAAGAGAUCCCCAGGAAAUAAACAUCUUCCUGCCUCAUGAGAUCAGAUUCUACCAGGGUGUUGCCAAUGUCUUUAGCACUGCCUACCACUAUGUACACAGCCGGGAGCACAUCUUGGAUGUUAUCAUCACUGGCACUGGCUGGCUGUAUGGCGUCUUACCCAGCAUCAAUACCAUCACUACAUACUUUGUUGAGCCUGGCCCACAACAGGAUUCAGACUAUGUUUUACGCAAUAUGAUGGUUACAGGGUACAUGGGUCUAACAGAAAUCCACACCAAUCCCCCUACUAUCUUUAGGAAGGCAUGCAUCUUCAGAGAUUUCCUCUUUAAGUGCACAGACACUUCAGAAGUUAUUUUGGCCUCCGCCUGUGGAGAAACCCACAUAGCAAUUCCACUUCGUGAGAGAACAGGAGAAGCUCUGGGAGUCAUCGAUUUUAACAUUGGCCGGAGUAGGAUGUUGUUGUAUCGAGAAUAUAAAGAUCUGCAGAAAAUGAUGAAGGUGGUCCAGGCUGCCUGCUAUGAAAUACUGGGCGAAUUGACUGGAGAGAUAAAGAAAAAGUAUAUCUUAGAGAUUGAAAAUGCCGGAGAAGUACAGAGGGCAGGAGUGAUCUUCUUCCGAAUCAUGCUACAGGAGCUGCAGGACAGCAUCCGACUGCUUAGCUCCAUAGACUUUGUGUCACUGUUGAUUUAUGACCACAAACUUCUAACAGAGCCAAACUCUUUUGAAGACUCUUCUGGCCAGUUCCAGGACAUUGAAGCCAACACAAACCUAGUGCAUGACAUCCUGAUGGGGGUUAUCUUGUUCCUUCAUCCAGAGUUGGAAUUCUCAAGUGACUUUGAGGACUGGGAUAAGUGUAAACUGUAUGUUAAUAGAUACUUAAUUGAGAAUAUUUGUACCUUUGAUCCAACUUCUAGCAAUGUGGAAGUUAAUUUACAGCUCAUUGAUGGAUAUAUCAGAGAUCACUCCCGAAUCGAAGUGUGGAAUUUCGGUAAUAUUGUCAUCGAAUACCUGUACCAUUGGGCACACAUCUGUUCAGUUCUGAUACAGCUGAGCAAAAAUAUAAAUAGUACUAUUACACCUCCAUUACCCUCCAAGACUGAUUCCUAUAUAUAUGCAAAAUUGCCAGGAGAAACCUUGCUAGGGGAAUCCUAA